GGCGCCUCAGAGGGUACGGGAGUCUUUUGCAUGACUUAGUUGUUUAGUCGAUGGGGAAGAUAAGGAGCAGGCAGGAUGCGCUGUGAUUGGAAGAUGUCUGGCUGGAUGUUGUUUUUUGCAAAGCCUGGAAGAGUCUUCAUCUGCUGGGCAGGCGCUCUGUUAAAAGGCUGGCAGUCUCUCUGUCAGUUUGGGUAUUUCAUGACGUCUGCAGUGUUUCCAGCUGCUUUACUGAAAAUCUGCAAUGAAAUCCAUGCUCCUGUUUAUCUGGGGGUUACUGCUGGUUACUACAGCAGAAACCACAGUAGAAAUCAUCCCAUCUCUUGGAUAUAUUGAACUGAACGAGUCCAAGGUGUUUGUCUGUGCAGUGGAGGGCGCUGUGCAGGAGAUGAAAUGGAUCCACCCUAGCGGAAAACCAAUCAAAGAGGGGGAAGACGAGCGACUCCAAGUGGAACAAGCAGACAAGAUGGUCUCUAAGCUGGUGAUCAGAGACGCACAGCUGCCAGACGCGGGCAGAUACCAGUGUGUGUGCCGUUUUAAUGAGAGCUACACGGAGACCGCCUUCAUCACAGUCACCAUCAUCCAAAAGCCAACCUUUCUGAACCCCAAAACGUACCACGAGUUCCUGGAAGGUUCGGACGCGUUCGUUCCAUGUGACGUCACCGGAAUCCCUCAGCCCCUUGUGACCUGGAAGUGCAAAGGACAGGAUGUGAUGCGUACAGAGGACGGUCGUUUUCUGCUGACUGCCCAGGGGUUCCUGAUUCGGGGGGUCCGGGGGUCUGACCAGGGCCUCUAUCGGUGCGAGGGGCGCAUCGUGGACAGGGGGGAGGUGCACAGUUUGGAUAUCUCUGUGGUGGUGAACGCUCCUCCCACUGCCCGGAUUCGAGAGGGGGAGGUCAAUGCGAUGGCUGGUUCUGGCGUCAAUGUCUCCUUGACCUGUCUGGCAAAUGGACACCCCCAUCCUUACAUCAACUGGACCAGGAACGGAGGUCCGGUUGUGGCUGAACCCGGGCGGUUUGGGUUUAACUCGGACCAGAGCGUUCUGACAAUCUACGCAGUGGAGAAGAUGGACGAGGGGCAAUACACCUGCAUAGCCACCAACAAAAUCAACAGCUCCAGUGCCAACAUGACCCUGCACGUGUCAGCCAAUCAAACAGAAGAGGAGGUGCCGUCACCCCACAGCACUCGACACACUGUGCAGGCGACCGACGGGCAAGCUGCUGUCGUCAGUAUCCUGGACGGUAUGAAGGAUCAGCAGGCGGCGCAGCUGGCAGUUCUGCAAAGGCUGGCUGCACAGCAGGAGAUCCUGGCGCGGAGAGUGGCAGAGAUCGGGGCCGGGAUUAGCCAGCUCACCGUUCUCCAGAGUCUGAGCCCUCCGGAGAAAGAUCACGACUAGCCGGCUUCUGCCGUGCCCCCGGUCUGAUCGCCGGGAUCACAGACGGAAGACGUGUGGUUUUGUGCUGGAGGUGCUUCCUAAGAAUCAGACGUGCGAGAAAUCGACGACCUCUUGAGAAAACUCAAUCAUCCAUUGCACACGGCUACAGCCAGAAUCUUUGCCUCAAUAGAAUGAACUCAUUUUGCUUCAUAAAGUCGAUGCCUGGUAUUUAUACUAUCCUGGGCUCAGGACACAUGUGACCACAGUCUGUUUUUUGUAUCAGAUUAUCAAUAGAUAAGUCAAGGUGAUCAUGGUUCAUUUUUUACCAUAUUUCAUGCCAUACAUCAAUGAAAACAGAAAGCCUGGCAGAUUGUUAUUAUUUGUUUCUUAGCAGACGUCCUUAUCCAGGGUGACUUACAAUUGUUACAAAAUAUCAUUUUUACAUACAAUUA